AUUACAAACUUAACCAACAAAGCCUCCGACUUUGAAGAAAAUCUGCUAAAUGGCCAUCAGAGCAGCAGCUACUUCCGCACCGACCGCUCGCAGUAGCUCUGCCCUCUCGCUGCCGCCUCCCAUUUCGUCUUCCUCCUCCUACUCUUCCGCUCAGCUGAGCUUCGGGCGCGCCAAAUCCACAACUCGACCCCGCACCACUGUGGGGUGCGCUAUCUCCUGCACCAUGACCAGAGAGGCGGCGGCUGUUACCUCGACGGAGAAGGAUGAUUCCGACCCGGCUCUGUGGAGUCGACCCGACUCGUUCGGCCGGUUCGGCAAGUUCGGCGGCAAGUACGUCCCCGAGACUCUCAUGUAUGCUCUCACUGAGCUCGAAUCCGCCUUCAAUUCCGUCAAGAACGACCCUGAUUUUCAGGCAAAACUGGGCGGUAUUUUGAAAGACUAUGUCGGAAGGGAGACUCCUCUUUACUUCGCUGAACGGCUCACCGAUCAUUAUAGGCGUCCGAAUGGUGAAGGGCCACACAUUUACCUGAAGAGGGAGGAUCUGAACCACACUGGCGCUCACAAGAUCAACAAUGCCAUUGGCCAAGUUCUGCUGGCGAAGAGGUUGGGCAAGAAGCGGAUCAUUGCAGAGACUGGAGCUGGUCAGCACGGGGUUGCCACUGCUACUGUCUGUGCAAGGUUUGGGUUGGAAUGUAUCAUCUAUAUGGGCGCGCAGGAUAUGGAGAGACAAUCCCUUAAUGUGUUUAGGAUGCGGCUUCUGGGAGCUGAGGUGAGAGGGGUUCAUUCUGGGACGGCCACUCUUAAAGAUGCUACAUCAGAAGCUAUAAGGGAUUGGGUGACCAACGUGGAGUCGACUCAUUAUAUUCUAGGUUCUGUUGCUGGUCCGCAUCCAUAUCCAAUGAUGGUGAGGGAGUUCCACAAGGUAAUUGGUGAGGAAACUAGAAGGCAAGCAAUGGAAAAAUGGGGUGGGAAGCCAGACAUCCUUGUCGCGUGCGUUGGUGGUGGUUCGAAUGCGAUGGGAUUGUUUGAGGAUUUUGUCAAGGACAAAGAUGUUAGGUUGAUUGGCGUGGAGGCUGCAGGUUUAGGUCUGGAUAGCGGUAAGCAUGCUGCAACUCUGACUAAAGGAGAAGUUGGUGUGUUGCAUGGAGCUAUGAGCUAUUUGUUACAAGAUGAUGAUGGGCAAAUCAUUGAGCCUCACUCCAUUAGUGCUGGGUUGGAUUACCCUGGAGUUGGACCCGAGCAUAGCUUUCUGAAAGAGAAAGGCCGUGCUGAAUACUAUUGUGUCACUGAUGAGGAGGCACUAGAAGCAUUUAAGAGAGUAUCAAGACUAGAAGGCAUAAUCCCGGCUCUGGAGACAUCUCAUGCUUUGGCUUACCUUGAGAAGCUUUGCCCAACCCUCCCUGAUAAAACUAAGGUCGUACUGAACUGCAGCGGCAGAGGGGACAAGGAUGUUCAGACUGCCAUCAAGUACUUGAAAGUCUGAACAGUAAGCUUAGAUGAACUGCCUCUGCAGAUUUUCCCUCUCUUUCCACAAACGGGAACAAUAACAAAAUACUAAUAGGUGGUGAGUUCCAACUUGGUGGUGUAAGCUGAAGGCUCUUCUGACAAACUCUGGUACCAGAAAGUCAUUUUGUCAAUUAGUCUAUCUAUGUAUGAUCUCAGUCGAGCUAAUAAUAACAAGUAUGCUUGUUGCAAUCGUUUUCUUUUUCUUUCUUGAAACAUUAGCCUUAGAAGCUUCGUUGAAGAAUCAUGGAAUGUGCUCAAGAUUGCAUGCAUCUCUUACACUGGAAAGCAAAUAUAGUACGAGCAAAUUUCCAACCAGUGGACAGAAACAGGAUCAUCCUAAUUACUAUCCCACGUCAACCACAAGAAGAUAUAAGGUUUAGAGUAAAUGAAGUGGAGAGGUAGAUCCCAAUAAAUUGGAAGACUCUGGAGUCUCAAAUUGCCUCUUUUAUGGGCUGGCUGGGCGAGGAGGGUUUGGAUCUGCGAAGGCUUAGGUUUGUUAGGACAACGCAAUUGUAAAGUCAAGACCAUAGUCCAUAGAGAGUUCAAAAGUAAGUCCACAGAACAAGAAACGCUGUGGGGAGGGUUUUCUUCCCUCUCUUAGUUUUAUUCCGCCAAAACAACGUAAAAUGGCAAGUACAAUGUCACUCAGCUCAGCCUAUUUCAAUCUCGUUUCAGCAAAGCUUGUUGCUACUGCGGCUACUAAUGAAACAACAUUAUUAUCAUCAGUCCUACUGUCAUGUCUUUCUCGCUCUCUUUAACUAUUUGACCUUAUUAUCUACAAAAAGGCCGAAAAAGAAAAUCUAUAGCAAAAAACCAAACACUAGUCCUCAUAUUGUUGGCAUUUUACCCACCAUCCUCUUUUAACAAUUUCUCCUUUUACUUCACCAUCCACAUUCUACCUUUGCUUAACAAAACUAACAUGAAUUGUUUUCAAACAUUUCUUCUACCUUCCUACCAAAAAAAAAAAAAAAACAUUUCUUCUUAUUCUUCCCCAAUGUUGGAUCACUGCUUAGCCUGCAUUCAAACACCAAACAAAACUUCCCAUCAGCCGAGCAUCAGAGCUUUAAGGGCUGUUUCAGCAAACAAAAAGCAUACUCCAACCUAAUGGUUGGCUUAGAAGAAAUAUAAAAUAAGAGCAUAUUCUCCACAUGAUGCUUGGCUUUUUGUUUGUACCAAGUCAAUCUUUUGACUUUGGAUAAUCACAAAGAAAGCAUAUUUUAAGAACAAAGUUCUCGAGGGAGG